GUGAGGGCGAGAAAUUGGCUGUGGCUGACUCGAAGCUGGGAAAUGCAAUCAAGGAGAAAUUGGUAUGCUUCUGCAUUAAGUACUAAUCCAUCAUAUGAGUUGUUCUGUUUGGCUUAAACAUUAUUGUACUUGUUCUUAUAUAUGUAUACCAGCUAGCAUUUCUUUAUCUGAUUGGUGAUUGGAAUUUCAGAAAAUCGACUGUGUGCACAACAAUGGUGUCAUGGAGUUGAUGAGAGGCGUGAGGAGCCAGUUGGCAGAACUUAUAGGUGGUCUAGGGAGCCAAGAUUUAGCACCGAUGAGCCUCGGUUUGUCUCAUAGCUUGUCUAGAUACAAGCUGAAGUUUAGCCCUGACAAGGUCGAUACAAUGGUUGUUCAUGCUAUUGGCGUGCUUGACGAUCUUGACAAGGAGCUUAACAGGCUUGCAAUGAGCCUCAGGGAAAUUUACGGCUGGCAUUUUCCAGAGCUCGCUAAGAUUGUUAAUGACAACGUUGUCUAUGCUAAAGCUGUGAAGUUGAUGGGUUUCCGUGAGAACGCUGCAAAACUUGAUUUCUCCGAGAAAUUACCAGAGGAGGUCGAGGAAGAAGUGAAGGAAGCAGCCAAGAUGUCGAUGGGGAGUGAAAUGGACGAAUAUGACAUGGCAAAUAUAAUGGAGCUCUGCAACAGGACCUUGUCUCUAGCCGAAUACAGGCCUCAACUGUACGACUACCUGAAAAGUAGGAUGAACGCCGUUGCACCUAAUUUGACAGCUCUGGUUGGAGAGCUUGUUGGAGCUCGGCUGAUUGCCCAUGCAGGUAGCUUGAUGAAUCUCGCCAAGCAGGCAGGGAGCACUGUCCAGAUUCUCGGAGCAGAGAAGGCCCUAUUCAGAGCUCUAAAGACGAAGCACGCCACACCUAAAUACGGGCUGAUCUACCAUGCAUCCCUCGUUGGCCAAGCGGCACCUAAGCUGAAAGGGAAGAUUUCGAGGUCGCUUGCUGCUAAAGCUGCUCUUGCCAUUCGAUGCGAUGCUCUUGGAGAUGGCGGCCAAGAUAACUCCGUCGGACUAGAGAACCGUCUUAAGCUGGAAGCGAGGCUGAGGAGUCUCAAGGGCGCGGAAUUGGGACGUUCUGCAGGUUCAGUUAAGGGGAAGCCGAAGAUCGAAGUCUAUGAUAAGGAUAGAAAGAAGGGUGCAGCAGCUGGAAUGAUAAUUCGUGCAAAGACCUAUAAUCCUUCUACUGAUGCUGUUCUCGAACAAACACCGAAAUCAGUUGGAGAGGAGACGGUUGAGUUGAAGAGGAAGAUUGAUGAGGAAGCUCCUGUUACUGAAGAGAAGAAAGCCCUUUCUUUGGACAAGAAGAAGAAAAAGAGCAAAGAUGUGGAAGCUACUGAAGUCACAAAUGGAGAUGCUGAUGGUAAUAAGAAGGAGAAGAGGAAUAAGAAGAAGAAAGAAGCUGAUGCUGUUGAAGAUGGUGUGAAGAAGAAGAAGAGUAAGAGGAAGCGGUCUUCUGAGUUGGAGGAGGAAGCAACAGAGAGUCAUACUAGCAAGAAGAAAAAGAAGGACUAAUUAAAUUCAUUAGGGAGAUUUUUUGUGGUUUGAAAUCGCAUGAUCUGCUUGAAUGGAUUGUUCAUUUUAUUUUGUUUGUGGGUGAUAAAGGACCUAUAUUAUUAGAAUACUAAUCAAGGUUAAGAAGGAUAAAUUAUUUCCAGAAUUGUGCAUAGUAGUUGAAGACAAAAUGUGUUACGCUACCUACCAAUUAUUUUAUUUUAUUUGAUGUGUCAAACUACCUACAAUAGUUUUUUUUUUAUAGAAAUUAAGUUAGAAUUUUUUUCUUAACGAAAAUGAAGAAAUAAUGGAGUCAAUUGUGCCCUAAAUCUCAAUGUGGUUGGAGUUAACUAAUUAAUUAGCAAAAGAGGAGAGAUUUAUCUGGCCAUCUCACUUAAUGUGACGAUAGAAAUUUGGUCGAUGAGGCAAUAUAAAAGUAGUUUCGACUUCUUGGCACAGACAAAAUUGAGGAGAACCAAACUAAUAAGAGAAACCUAUAGGAAAUUAGUAAUAUCAUGACCAUCUAUUUCUAAAAGUUUACUAUCCAAUCAUAAUUGUUCUAAAUCGCACGCAAAUAACUCAAACUAAAAUUU